CUUUGACAGGAAUUUUUAUAUUUUGUCGUUUGUUAGGAGUGCCUUCCUCCGGUCCAGCCUAGCUUACCCUACUACUGACUGAUCAAGUGAAAUCCUCUGAGAAAUUCGCUAUGUUCUGCCAGGCUGAGUGAUAUGGCGGGUUGUCCAGCACAUCCAGCAAACCAUUCGACUCCGACAUUGUCAUUGGGCUUUGGAGUGAUGUCGAAGCUCGGUAGGAGGUUUGUGGAUGCGUAGCUAAGUGCGGUCUGCUGGCUGUGCGGCAGCACCUGUGUUCGCUGCGGAAUGGCAGCCUCAUCCAACUCUAGGAAUGGUGGCCUGCCGUCGCCUACUGCUCCAUCGAAGCCGAAACUUGAGGCGCAGCUCUCUAGUGGUUCGACUUCCACGGAUGGUGACCUCAGUGUGUGCCUGAUAAACUACAUUCUAUCUCCGGAUGCGCUACUACAGAUCUUUUUCAACCUAGACAUUAUAUCUCUCUGCCGAUGUGCUCAAGUUUGUAAGUCCUGGAAUCGAUUAGCUCUCGAUGGCAGUGUAUGGAAGAAUGUAAACCUCUUUGAGUUUCAGAUUGCCAUUACAGGGAAGGUGUUUCGCAACAUUGUGACGAGAUGUCGUGGCUUCUUACGAAAACUAAACCUGUACGGCUGUCAAGCUUUGCAAGAUGCAGACCUUGUCCCCUUCAUAGGCCAUUGCAGUCGAUUGAAGGAACUUAACUUACAAGGUUGUUGUACUUUGACAUCGGCAUCAAUAUCUGAAAUGACGAAGCACUGUCAUGACUUGGUGCGUCUUAAUGUGUCGAAUGGACCUGUGGUCGACGAUGCAGCGUGCACAGCGAUUGCGUCUGGAUGCAAGCGUCUGGAGCACUUGGACCUGGCUUGGUGUGCACGAAUGUCGGAAAGCGGUGUUAUCACGCUGGUAAAGGAGCUCACCAGGAUAACAUCACUCAUCCUGAGAGGCUGUACUGGGGCCGUGAAUGAUGCUUCGAUGAAGGCUAUUGGUGAACACUGCCCACAGCUCACGGUGUUGGAUGUGUCCCACAUUCCACACACUCUGUUUGAUCCCGGUAUUGGCCAUAUUGCUGCCGGUUGUAAGCAUUUACGUCACAUCAACCUGUCUAUUUCAACACAGCUUACUGAGCAAUCACAAAUGUUUUUAGCCGAGCAUUGUCAUGAGCUACGUACUGUAGAAGUAAGUUUGUGCAUACACAUGACGGCACGAGGGUUUCAAGCUCUGUUUGCAGGAUGUCCAGGUCUCCAACGCCUGGAUAUGGAGGAGUGUUAUGAAAUCACUGAUGCUACAAUCAGAAAACUAGGUCAAAAUUGCCAUGGUUUGAGAUGGCUGAGUAUCAGUCACUGUGUGCAUGUCACUAACUAUGGAAUAGAGUGUCUAGCGCACACUCCCUGUCGCAAGACCUUGCAAGUACUGGAACUGGAUAAUUUGCCACUCAUCACUGACAGUGUCACAGAAUUUUUGAUGCGGUUUCCUCGACUGCAAAGAGUGGACCUGUAUGACUGUGGUGGCAUUACUCGAAACGCAGUGGAUGCAUUGCAGGAGCGUGCGCCCGGGCUUGCCGUACAAACGUACUUCGCUCCGUCGCUGCCUUCCCUGGAAAUGCAGGAGCUUGCAGAGGAUGGUCAGGGCCGUCGUCGUCGCCGUCGAAGGUGUGGAUGCAGUAAGGCAUGCUGUGUGAUUCAGUAAGCACCUCCGCUACUACUGUUGUGUUUGCGAAUCAUGGGCUAGAAAUGGCCUACUCCCGUGACGUAGGCAUGACACUGCCUGCUGUGUUCAUAUCAGAGAUCAUAUCUACCCGGCUAUUCCAUGUACUGCAUUAUCUGUUAUGAUGGCACAGGAUCAAUUCUGCACAUACUACAAAGUAUACCAUCAUAAUUCUAAGCUUGACCGAAGACUAUAAUUAUUUCCUGUUGUUCACAUGGUAAAGCUGGGCCGUACCUGCUUUUGCUGUUCAUAUUGAAUUUCAUCUCUGGCAUCCUGUCCUGACAGCGUCUAUAACCACUGUUCUAGUCUAACUCACAACUAAAUUGAGAUCUUCUCUCUGACCUAUUUUUUUUCGGUUGAAACUGAGCAGUACUUACCCACGGUGGAA